GUGUGUGUGAGUGAGUGAGUGUGUGAGUGUGUGAGUGAGUGUGUGAGUAUGUGAGUGUGUGAAUGAAUGAGUGAGUGAGUGUGUGUGUGUUGGGGGAGAAGGGGGUAUAAAGAGCUGGGGUGGUGUACAGGGCUUUGGAACAGUACAGAGUGUUAUCAACAACUGUAAGAGGAAGGAGGGGAGUGUGAGUCUGGGAGAAAGUCUCGAGUGCGGAACCUUCCAGAUGUUCCCCUUGCAGGGAAUUUUACUGGUGGUGUAGUUCCCCUCCUCAUGUGUGAAACUAUCCUGUGUGACGCUCUGCUGGCACUCUGACCUGGUGCUUCUACAAGCACACACACUGUGACAGGACUGGCGCACACACAUUCACACACACAGGGGCAAUCUGUACAUAAACUUUGACAAACAGCACUCCAUGAAGAGUCGGAGGGCACUGACAGCUCAUACCCCACUCUUUCACAAACACACACGCAUACACUCACCCGCAUACAAACUACACACACACACACACACACACAAGCAUCUCCCUCUCCACCAUCCCUCCUCUGUGGAGGACAUAGGGUAUAGUGUGUUGUGUGUGUGUAACGUGUGAAAUAUUUGAGGGUGUAUAGUCUGUGGCAAAAGCCGUAAUCACAAUUAUUAUCAUAACCAAUAGUCCGUAGAUUCGUCAAACAAAGAGAUACGUUUGUGAAUAAAUAAUUCAAGGAAGAAGCAAUAAUAAAAGGAAAUAUAGCUGCAAGUGGCGACAGUGGGUUCUCAGGGAAUAACAGACCUGGUGGUGGAGGCAGAAACUCUGGGGCCCUGGUUUGGUCAUGGAGGCAGAAACUUGGGGGGUUCUCAAGACCAGGCUUGAUAAGGACACUAAUUCGCUUUUGGGCAACCCAAGCAGUAGGGACACUUUAGUGGUAGGAAAAUGUGAGCAUUGCUGGGCUGAAUGGCCUGUUCUCGUCAUUCUGUUAUGUUGUGUGUGUGUGUGUGUGUGUGUGUGUGUGUAUAUAUGUGUGUUUUCAGGGUUUCCAACUGCGGAUCAAGAUGACAGAAGGAGCAACUGGCAGGGGAAGCCAAGGAGGACUCCCCUACAGGUCCUGUACGACAGCGACCAGUCAGCUCUCUCUCCGGUGCAGGCAUUGCACCAGCGUCGGCGGGAGCUCUUAGAGCAGGAGUGCCAGGCUCACACCAGGAAGAGGCGCGUCCUGAUCCCGGAGGACCUGAAGCACCUGGUGGUGGAUGACCAGCACAGGCUGCUGUACUGCUACGUGCCCAAGGUGGCCUGCACCAACUGGAAGCGCGUUCUGAUGGUGCUGACGGGGUCCGGCCGUGACCGCGAGCCGCUGCAGAUUCCCGCCAGCGAGGCGCACCUGCCCGGCCACCUCCGCUCGCUCGCCGAGUUCCCCCCCGCCCAGAUCAACCGCCGCCUGCGCACCUACCUGAAGUUCCUCUUCGUGCGGGAGCCCUUUGAACGCCUGGUCUCGGCCUACCGCAACAAGUUCACCCGCAGCUACAACACAGCCUUCCACAAGCGCUACGGCACCAAGAUCGUCCGGCGCCAUCGACCCCACCCGCGGCCCGAGGCCCUGGAGCGGGGAGACGACGUCUCCUUCCCGGAGUUUGUGUCCUACCUGCUGGACCCGCGGACCCAGCGGGAGGAGCCCUUCAACGAGCACUGGGAGCGGGUGCACGCACUCUGCCACCCCUGCCUCCUGCACUACGACCUGGUGGGCAAGUACGAGACGCUGGAGCAGGACUCCGGCUACGUUCUGCGGCUGGCCGGGGCUGAGGAGGUCCGCUUCCCUGCCUCCGGGAAGAACACGCACACCACGGGGGAAAUGGCCGCCAAGUUCUUCCACAGCAUCAGCCCCCUCUACCAGAGGAAGCUGUACAACCUCUACAGGAUGGAUUUCCUGCUCUUCAACUACUCUGCUCCGGCCUACCUGAGUUUCAGAUGAGGGCGGAGGCUUCCUUCUUCGUUUUUAGACUGUGUGUUUUAGAUUACCAUUGUGUUUUGGUUGUAUUUGCACAUCAGUGCGAUUGUGUGUACACGCAUGCACAUUGUUUCAAGGUGUGUCUGCGUGUGUGAAUAGGUUUAAGUACGUUGGGUAUGUUGUUAGUCACGAUGCCUUAACUGGGAAACACUUGUCUAGCAUUCAGCCACCAAUGACGUUAAGUGGCUGAAUGACCACGUCAUUCUCACGGUCUACACAAAACUGAAUGCUAAAGUGUUAAUUCAAUCAAAUUGCCUUUGAACCUUGUGUUUGGGAGCACUAAAGAGUGUGGAAACUGUUUACAUAUGAGCCAACUGAGCCACUCCCUCUGCUGUCUGCACACGCUUUAUAUGUUUUUAAUUUUUUUAUCUUUUUAUGUUUUUAUCGGCGGCCUGACAGCAAGGUCCUGGGUUCAAAUCCCCGUCGGCCGGGGCCUCUCUGUGCGGAGUUUGCAUGUUCUCCCCGUGUCUGCGUGGGUUUCCUCCCAUAGUCCAAAGACAUGCAGGUUAGGCUGAUCGGAGAGUCUAAAUUGCCCAUAGGCAUGAGUGUGUGAGUGAAUGGUGUGUGUGCCCUGCGAUGGACUGGCAACCUGUCCAGGGUGUAUUCCUGCCUUCCGCCCAAUGUAUGCUGGGAUAGGCUCCA